UGUUGAUCCGACAAUGUACAUUGGUCGGUUGAGUCUGGUGCUGCACGUGACAAGUCACGCGGCAUGCGAGCACCAAUCAUCUGCCCAGCAAUGUAAUCCCGCCUGGGGCCUGAGCAACUUUCCCAAGCCGACACAUCACGAACGACGGAACAAAACCUCGCCUCCCGCCCUCUCGCCUCCGCCUCGCCCGCAUCCCGCCCAAUUGGCCUCCCGUCAAUUGCCCUCGCCCCUCCGCUCAACUCUCCCUCGCCAUGGCGCCGGCUCUGCAGGCUACCACCGCCAUGCUCGCGCGCCGACAGCUCCCCCGGGCGGCCGCCUCCAGCAGCAGCGCCGCCCUCAUCGCCGCCCGGAUGCUCGUCGCCCGCCAGGCCUCGCGCGGCUACGCGACCCCGAACGGACCCCCGCCCGCCAACUUCCGCACGAGCAGGAAGGUCACCUGGACCUGGGACAACGAAAGCACCCUCGACCGCAUGGGCAAGUUUUUCCUCAUGACCGAGAUGGCGAGGGGAAUGUACCUCCUGCUCGAGCAGUUUUUCCGACCACCCUACACCAUUUACUACCCCUUCGAGAAGGGUCCCAUCUCCCCCCGAUUCCGAGGCGAGCACGCCCUCCGACGAUACCCCUCGGGUGAAGAGCGCUGCAUUGCCUGCAAGCUCUGCGAAGCUAUCUGCCCCGCCCAAGCCAUCACCAUCGAGGCCGAGGAGCGAGCCGACGGCUCCCGACGAACCACCCGCUACGAUAUCGACAUGACCAAGUGCAUCUACUGCGGCUUCUGCCAGGAGUCGUGCCCCGUCGACGCCAUUGUCGAAAGCCCCAACGCCGAGUACGCUACCGAGACGAGAGAAGAGCUGCUGUACAACAAGGAGAAACUCCUUUCCAACGGCGACAAGUGGGAGCCCGAGCUCGCAGCCGCCAUCCGAGCGGACGCCCCUUACCGAUAAACCAAGAAUGGGGAGAAGAACAGAAGAAAAAUCACGACGACAUACAUCUUGUUUUGUUCCUUUAGGUUUAUUUGUAUCUGGUAUCUCGUCGUUGUAGGAUUUUUUGUUCCAGGCGGAGGGAGGCGGCAGCGGCAGCGGGAGCAGCAGCAGCAACAAACAACAACAUAUUUGUCUUUUGCCAAUUGCAGAUGGACAUUGCACAGCGGACAGCUGGCACCGGGCGAUGGGGUUGGGCGGCAUCUGGACGGCGAGGUGCAGAGUGUGUAUAUAAUCUAGAGCUCAAAAGCCCUUUGUCACUGGUCAUUUCAUUCUUGUGUUUGGUGCGUGAGGCUGGUUGAGCGGAGGAGGUCAUGGGUUGUCUUCAACUACGAGAUGCUUGGACACAUGUGCUAACACCAAGGAACAGUCGGUGGAAUUGGCCAUC